GCAAAUUAAGUAGGCGUUCCCCCAACCCUGGCCGCUGAUUGGUCAGUCUUUGUUUACAUGGUGGGUCUGGCGAGUGUCGUCAUCGCUCUCAAUGUGCGUGUUUGUGUAAUAAUUUUGACAUACCGGCGGCAUCGAGACGGCUUCUACACCGAGAUUAUCCCAGGGAAGGACCUGAUUGGUUGAAAAUGGAGUCGGAUUAUUCCUCGCUGCUGCGGCCUGACCUGGCCAACUACUGCCCCGCCUCCAAUCUCAUGCUCAACGAGAAAAUACGCAACCUACGCAAGGCUGGAGAAAAGGUGUACCACCUGGCGUUUGGGCAGUCCCCGUUCCCCAUAUACGAAGGAGCAACCAAAGCGCUGUGUCAGCAUGCGGGGGAGAACGCAUACCUACCCGUGGCUGGUAUACCGGAGCUUCGCCAGUCCAUCUGUGAUUUCCACUGUAAGACAGAUGACCUACAGGACCUUGACCCCGAGCAGGUCGUGGUGGGGCCAGGCUCCAAGGAGCUCAUCUACCUGCUGCUGGAGGUCUUCAAUGGAGAUGUCCUCCUGUUGUCUCCUUGCUGGACCACCUACAAGCCCCAGUGUCACCUGACCAGACACAACGUUGUCGUCAUGCCGACCACCAUGGAGGACGAGUGGAGGCUGACACCUGACCUGUUGGAGGAGACACUUCGGACAAAUGAUCUCCACAGGAACAAGCUGCUGAUCCUCUGCAACCCUGACAAUCCCACCGGGACGUGCUACAGCCAACACCAGCUGAAACAGCUCAGUUCCACGUUGAGGAAACACGGUAUCGUGGUGUUGAGCGAUGAGAUCUACGCCAGGUUGCACUACACCGACAACCAUGAGACCAUCGCCAAGUACUACCCGGAAGGAACCAUCCUGUGUUCGGGGCUGUCCAAAUGGGCCAGUGCUGGGGGAUGGAGGCUUGGGUACUGUGUCUACCCCCGAGAGUUGGAUCCACUGAGGUGUGCAGUGAAGAGUGCAGCCAGUCACACCUACUCUUGUGCCUCUGCGCCUAUACAGUAUGCUGCUGUGACCUUGUUUAACUACAGUGAUGAAGUACAGGAGUACCGGGCACACUGUUCACGUAUCCUGCAGGCCGUGGGGACAUACAGCUGUAAGGAACUCAGGGCUGUAGGGGUGAAGGUGGUACAGCCAACGUCUGGGUACUACAUACUGCCCAACUUUGAGGUGUUGCGGAAGUCACUGUCCAAGCGAGGCAUCACCACCUGCACACAGAUGUGUGAGGCACUGUUCGAGGAGGCCAGGGUUGCGCUGAUGGCCGGCGGCCCAGCCUUCCUGCGACCCCUGAAUGAGUUCACCACCAGACUCUGCGUCAUCGACUUCGAUGGGAGCCAUGCUCUGAAGGCGAGUAAGAAGCUUGGCCUGGACGUGCCCCUGUCAGAAGAGUUUGUGAAGGAGUACUGUGGACAAACCUAUGAUGGCAUCCAGGUAAGACACAAGACCUGUGCUAAAGCUCUACCUUGUGUUUAGACCUUAAAUCCAACCAAAACUUGUUGUUGUAUUGAUCUAACAUUAUACAGUGAUCCUUCAGAGCUUGUGGUCUAGUGCCAUCAUCUCAGUCAUAGUUUGUAAUCCAAGUUUUUGUCACCAUAGUUUAGUCUGUAUUACUGCUUGAGGUGGACUACUGGGUCACUUCCUUUAUGACCUCCAGUUGGCAGCAAGACUGACCUCUUAUACAGGCUUUUGGAAAAUUUGAUUUUUUGUUGCUGAAAUGUUGAAAAAUGCAGAGCUGGAAGAUCAUCAUAAAAACAGAGCCUUAGAAAAAAUGUCUACUAAAAAAUGGUACGCACAGUUUCAGGGAGGGAAGUUCAAUGUAGUCAGGUCCAAGAUUUCCUCCCAGCCCUCUGUUUUCAAUCCUGUGGCCUUGCUGAAGUUUACUUUGAAGUAAUAAUAUAAUCCAGAAAUCAAGGGAAUAAAAUUGGCGUGGCAGAGCAUGUCAUUGGUUAUUGAAAGAUCUAAGAAUUUUCUUUUCUUCUGAUCCUUUUUAAGUGUUGUGUUGAUUUUCCUUCCCAGGCACUGAAGAGGUGGGUCCAGACACAACUGGAAGCUGAGUAAAAGAGGAGGUCUGAGAAACAAGCUUGAUGUGACAGAGGGGAGGUUAUUCCCAGAGGACCCAGAAAACAGGAGGAGGAGAAGAAAUUGUUGUUUUGAAUGUGCUUUGUGCUUACAAUGUUAAAGGCUGUAACAGUUACAGUGUUGGAAUAACAGUCAGUAGUUUCUAUUUGUUGCACUGUACUGUCAAGCAUGUCUCUUUCGACCAUGUUAAGACUAGAGAUUGAAUGAAAAUGGUCACAGUAAAAUGGUGGUACAUGCUUGAGACAUGUAAUUUUGAAAGUGGGGAAAAUUGUCAAAGGGAUCACCAGAAAUUGUCCUUAAGUAGAGGCCAGCUGGUCCAUAAUGUAGAAAUGGUCAUGGGUAAUGUAGUAUGGUAGGGUUGACUGUACUUUGAAAAUGUUGUAUCAGUAGUUACACAAAUUCUCAGGAAAUUAUACAGACACAUAUAAGUCAAAUGGAAGUUACAGAGUUUACACGCAUUUUCAAGCUGCUGUAUUCAUGUGUAGGUAAGGAGUUAAAAAAUGGACAGAUUUCUGAUGUUACAUUACUCAAUGAUUUUAUAGAUUAAACAUCAAUUUGGAAGGGCUGUAAUAAUGUAAGAAUGCUACACAUUAUGUAUAUUUUUGUAAUUUGUCACCUCCACUGUUCACUUUACAUCCCUUGCAAAUGUAAUGAUUGUUGUCAUAUUCUGUUCCUGUGUUACAAACGUGUGUGGCUGUAGGACCACACAUUUGAACAAUGUUGCACUUAAUUUUUUAUAAUAACCUGCACAUCAACUUUAAAGUUGCACCUUGUUUUUGUACAAUUUCUAUACAAUUAUAUCAAUUUUUUAUCCAAUAUGAGAUUAUGUCACAUUCUAAUGCAAACACUGGUGCACAAUGUCAUGAAUAUGAAGUAUUACAAAAUGAGUCUUUUUUGCCCCCCAAAAAACAUUUUUGUGCAAUUUACCAUUUUAAGAAAUUAUCAUAUUUCUGGUCUCAGUCCAUCAACUGAUCUUGGAAGCAAGUAAUUUGACAUGUCUGCCAUAUGAUAGAAAUAAAAAUAUCACACACCUC